CAUCAACAAAAUGGGGAAUGGUGAAUCGAAACAACUCAAGUUGAACCCAGUGAAGAGGGACGAUGCGAAUGAUGGAGUGUUGUUCGCAUACAUUUCAGACGCCUGGCAGUCCGAAUUCGUGUCUUUCGACGGCGCCUUUGAGGAACUUGCCAAGUAUCGUAGAGGGAAAGCACCCGAUGAUAUUCGGAAACUGGCGGAGGUUUGUUGUGAAGCCUGGGACAGGCACGAAGAUACCAAAGAAGCAGAUAUCUUUGUGGAGAAUUUUAUGAAGACUGUCGAAGAAAUCUGGAUAAAUCUCACCAGCUCACUCAGCGGUCAAGGACCCCAGGGACGCAACACGGAACAGCUCAAUAAAGAUGAGCGGCGCGCUGCACAGAACGUCGUCAAUAUGUUCGGAGAAAAAGGGAAGCACACCAAAACCCGAGUGCACCAAGUGCCAUCUAGUUCCGCAUGCCAUGUGUUCUGGGGGUUCGUGUGCGAGGUUGCAGGCGGAAUGGACCUGUCUGGAUUUGACGAGCAGAAAAAGAAGUUUGUUCGCACCGAAAUGGCGAGAUGGCUAUGCAAAUUCAAGUUGAAUCUGUUUGCCUUUGCGAAUCCGCACAAUUCUUUUUACGACCUCCUGUGGGAUGGUGAGUGCAGUCAGUGCGUCAUGAUCAUACCAUUGCUCAGUCUGGAGGAGAUUGGAGAAUGGAAGCAGGGUGAUGGCUACCAAGCCUUGAUUUGCUGCAGCACACCAGAUUCCCAAGCGAACUUGGGCAAGUGGAGAAAGCGGUUUAAACUUGAUCACAUAUUCUGGGAACGUAAUGGUGAUAUCGAACAGGCCACUACUGUCUUGAAUGCCCACGUCAAAGCGCUGGCAGAUUCGUUGAUCAAAGACUGGGACAGCUACUUUGACAAAGUGGAUAGUGAUCAUCCUGAAUUUCCAGACAAGAAGCAAAAAAUGAAGUCCGCCAAAGAAUUGCUAGUGGGACAAAGCUUUACGGUCGAAGUGUCAAAGCUUAAACCUGCCAGGAAUGGGAUUGGGCUUUGGCAGCGCAAGAAAUUCUUCAAGAUUGACAUGGGCAAACUCUACAGUGGAGACGACACGAAGAAGCUGAUUCCCGACCCAAGCUUACUUAGUUUCAAGGCAGCUGUGAACUGGUCCGGUCGCACCGAAGAAACCAAGAAAUUGCUCACCUGUUGCUCGCCUCCGGACGACGAGUCUGCCCAGACAUAUUUGUCGGGGAUCCCAUCGAAAUACUCAAUUGGAGAGGCAGUGCUAGGACACAAAAUCAGCCAGUAUGGUGUCGAACACAUCAUCAAUGAACGAAACAAAUUUUUUGAUGCAGAAUUGCUGGAUAAAGAGUUCCACCUCACUGGAGGGAGCGGAGACGAAAAUUCGUCAGUUCUUUCCGACGUUUCUUGGGGUGGUCCUGAAAUCACGGAAGACAGCUUUGGCGGCAUACCAGUAGUGUCUGAGGACUCGUCAAACAAAUAGAGACGAGAGGGGAUCGUAGGGCAUGGGAAUUGAGCUGCCGCGGGGCGGUGACCUGCCGAUGCCAGUUUGCCCUGCGAAGAAGGGGUAAUAAAUACACUACAAUGACAAUGAGAAAAUGUCGUCACCCAAAGUCUAAUUGGAAGUAUUGUAUUCAUUCUAGACAGUAUCACUAUAUUUUA